AUGGCGCGGGUCCUCCUCGACUGGAUCCCGUUCAACGAGAUUCGGCAUGUCAAGCUUGUGGGACAGGGCUCGUUUGGCAAGGUGUUCCGUGCAGAGUGGCAUGGUAAUGAUGUGGCUAUCAAGAUUCCCCGAAAGCGAGAGUCCGAAGACACCGGCGCUGCGAGUGCUGGUCCAGAGAAAAAGGCCAAGCCUGUGACGCCCGCCAAGUCGCCGUCCAAGACCGCCUCCUCUGCCACCGCCACUACCAUCGCCGCUACGACCGCAUCCACAGCAUCCACGGCAAGCGCGGCAAGCACGGGUCCCUCUGUCGUAGGCCCGCCAGCUGCAUCGGUCAUCGCAACUGUCCAAGACUCGGCGAGCAAGGGCAAUAGCAAGGGCAAUAGCAAGAGCUCGGCGAGCAAGAAGAGCAAGAGCUCAGCAAGCAAGAAGAAGAAGCGGGCUGUGACGCCGCCAGUGGUGCUGGAGGACAUCUCGCCGUCGCAGCUGCAUGAGCUUGGAGUCAGCGGGGUGUACGAGGCGGAGAAGGGUCUGGAUCGGACUAAGCUGGCCGAGCUUGCGGCCCGGGCGCCAAACUUGUACCACGCACCGCCGCGGAGCAUGGGUCCGAUCAACGCCAAAGCGCCGCUGACGGUUCAGGCUGGGGCGACUUCGAUGGGUGCUGUGUACGCCAUCGAUGUCUCGCCGUCGGGCGCGCUGCUAGCGGCGACGUCGGUCCUCGGCUCGGUCUCGUUGUGGGACAUGGAAGAUCUGACGCAGCUGCGGGUGCUCCGCGACGAGUCCGAGACGCAGAUCGACGAGUUCUGGGUUGCUCGCUUCACGCCGGACGGCCGCAAGGUCAUUGUUGCCGGCAAGCUCAAGAACCGCGCGCUCUGGUCCGAGGCCGACAAUGACAACGCCGUCCUGCCGUGCCCCAUCAAGAUCUUUGACGUCCUCACCGGCGAGCUUGUGGCUCGCCUCGAAGGCCACACCGAAGAAGUGGUGGCGCUGAAGGUGGCCACCUUUUGCGGCUCCAACUACAUUGUCUCGUGCUCGCAGGACGGGUCAACUCGCCGGUGGCGCAUGUCGCCCGACUGGACGAUCCUCAUCGAGGCCGCCAAGUUCUGCGACAACGUCACGUGCAUGUCGUUUACGGCCUCGUUUGUGCCGCACACUGGCAACGCCAUUCUCGCCGUCGCUGCUGACGACGGCAUUGUCUUUUUCGACUUUGGUUCGCUCGCCCUCAUCCAGCGCGUCACGGGCCUGUUUGGCUCGUACUGCGACUGCAUCAAGUUUGUGGACUCGCCCAAGCUGCCAGCCACCCACCCGCGCAAGACCGCCCACCUCAUUGCUCGCGGCUGCGAGAUGCUCGACGCCGAGGAGUGCACUGUUGCCUCCAAGGCCUCCAAGGUCGUCCUCUACCGCGUUAGCUUCGUCUUGCCGCCGGCCCCGGCCCCGGCCACCAACUUUGAGCUCAUCUCGGUCAAGGAGUACGCCCAUCCCGAGUACAACGCAAACUCGUACCUCAUGCGCGCCACCGCCGACGCCAACUACGUUUAUGCACCGUCGGUCAAUGGCGAGGUCUUUAUCUGGGGCAUCAAGUCGGCUAAGCUCGUUGCCGUCCUCCGCGACCACGAGGAGCGCGAGGUCCGCGACAUUGUCGUCCACCCGCACGCUCCGCUCCUCCUCACUUCGGGCGACGACGGCAAAAUCUACGUCUACCGCCCUGCCAAUCCCGACGAGGUAGCCUCCAUCAUCCGUGCCUCGCGCUCCAAGGCCCGCAAAGGCUCCAAGACAUCGCGCUCCAAGACCUCCCGCGCCAAGACCUCGCGCGCCAAAAAGGUGUCGGCCACGUCGGCCGCUUCGGCCGCGUCGGCGGCAUCAUCAUCAUCAUCGUCGUCUGCCGCCGCCAAAUCCGCCGCCGCCCCCCACCCGCCGCCCACCACUCCGAUGGACAUCGCUGCCCCUCCCGCCGAUUCCUAG